AUGCUGAACUGGUGGUUAAUUUUGGUUAUUAUCAUCCUUACCCUCGUUUUCAUCACCUUAGCGGCUUACAUCGUUUUGUAUUUCCAAUCCCCGGAAGAUGGCAAAUCAACGUACUGUGGGAAGGUCAUUUUUGGGCUCUCGCUUCUUCUCUCAUUGGGAGGCACGUUGCUCGUAACCUACGAUGUUGCUGACGCGCCGGACCCCACCGUCUUGAACACCUUUUCGAAGACACUCAACACGGUGUUGAUGUGGGAGAUAGUGCUGUGGAUAAUAAUCGUCAAGGCGAUCGUGAUCUGCCCCUUCAUGAUGUUCCUGUACGCGUUUCGCGAUCCGGAACACCCCAAGACAACGAAGGCGAUCAUCCAGGCGACCCUCACGACGCUUGUUGCUGUCAGCGUAUUUGCGUUGAUAGUAGGGACGUGUUAUGCGACUGUCGGAGUAUCCAAGAUCUCAUUCCAAACUUAUGAGGCUUCGGGGCAGCUCAUGUUCACCUCCCAAAGUGGUGUCUCCUUGAAUCAGACGUACACCACAGUGGAGCCCGAGAUUAAGGUCUCUUUCACCACGUAUUGUGUAGGUAUGCUUUCACUUCUUGGAUGGUUUGUUUUGUUGUUCUAUUGUGGGCUAGGGUUCAUCUCGUUCCCGAUCAACGGGUUCUUCAACUUCAAGAAUCGCAUCAAGAGAAUAAAUGCGGCAGAUUUUUCAGAGAGGAUGUACGUAAUCCUCGCAAAGGCGGAUGCCCUUUUGGAAUUGGGCAAGGAGCUUCAGCGGGAGGCCCGCAGCUACGUACCGCUCGCGGUAAAAAACAAGAUCCACAUCCUCCGAAAUGAGGUUUAUUUGCUGGAAAACGAACAGGAGUAUCUCAUCUGGUCUUACACGAAGGCGGGUGGUUCACCGUUCAUCGUUUAUGGAAAGCUCCUCCUUAAUGUUGUGUGCUUUGCCAUUGUCGUGGCCUGGGUGCUUCACAUCAUCGUUUUCAACCUGGCCAAUGCGGAUCCUUUUUUAAAUACAUUGUUGAUCGCGCUGAGGAAUGCCUUUGGGGUCUUUGGGAUUUUGGGCUAUAGUUUAUUCGCGCUUUACCUGUACUGGAGUACCUUCCAGGGCCAACUUGUGGCAGGACUGUGGAUUUUCUUCUUCAACAUCUACCCAAUGAGGCCCCACGACACCCUCAUUCACAGCUUUUUAUACAAUGGUCUGCUGAUGCUGAUUGUGAUGCCCACGGUGCUGGUGUUUGCAGUGGGCUCGUUUGAGGGGUACACCGCGAAUACGUCGAUUGGGGGGAUGGUGAAUGGCUAUAUACGACACCUCAAGGGAAUUAGUGUGUUCCUUAAAUGGGUACAGGUUGUUUUUCUCAUCAUUUUGCUCUUGUCUAUGGUUGUUACGCUUAUUUAUAAACUGGUAAAAAGGAAACGUUCCCGAAAGACGAUUAGUCUGAAGUAA